AUGGCGACCUCUAGCAUGCGCGGCUUGUCCGUGUUCAUAUCCGAUAUUCGGAACUGUCAGAACAAGGAGCAGGAGCGACUACGAGUCGACAAGGAGCUCGCGAACAUUCGCACGCAUUUCAAGGCUGAACGUAAGCUGACGCCUUACGAGAAGAAGAAGUACGUGUGGAAGCUGCUCUACAUCUUCAUGCUCGGCUAUGACGUCGACUUCGGACACAUGGAGGCCGUCUCCCUCAUUUCCGCCCCCAAAUACGCAGAAAAACAGGUGGGGUACAUGGUGACGUCAUGUCUGUUGAACGAGAACAACGACUUUCUGCGUCUCGUCAUCAACUCCGUCAGGAAUGACAUCAUCGGCCGCAACGAGACCUUUCAGUGCCUCGCCCUCACCAUGGUGGGCAACAUCGGGGGGAAGGAGUUCUCGGAGUCUGUCGCCCCGGACGUGCAGAAGCUGCUGCUGUCGAGCUCAGCGCGGCCGCUGGUGAAGAAGAAGGCAGCGCUGUGCCUGCUGAGGCUCUUCCGCAAGAACCCCGACAUCAUCAGCACCGACACCUGGCCACAGCGCAUGGCGAGUCUGCUGGAGGAGCGCAGUCUCAGCAUUCUCCUCGCAACCAUGUCGCUGCUCGUCGCGCUGGUGGCAGCGAACCCGGAGGCCUACCUGUGCUGUGUGCCCAAGUGCGUCAAGGUGUUGGAGCGCCUCGCCAAGUGUGUCGACAUCCCGCAGGACUACACCUACUACGCCAUCCCCCUCGCCCUGGCUGCAGGUACGCCAUCCCCUCACCCUGGCUGCAGCAUGCAUUUGAGAGUUCUCAAAAGCACCGUCGGCAUCCCCUCUCCUUGCCUGCCUGCAGGUGCUGUUGUGAAGGGUCAUUCCCUUCCCUGGCCGUUCCGGUUCAUGUCCUCCUUCUCUCAGCUGCUGCCACCACCUCUUCCUCCCCCAACUCUUUCCGUCCAUCUCUUCGUUCCACCACCCCCCUUUCUGUCCAUCCGCUCCGCUUCUCUCCCCACCCAACCCCCUCCCCCCUCAACACAUGCCCCCCUGUGCUGCAAGCCGCCAGGUGAAGGUGCUGCAGUACUUCCCCUCCAUCCAUCAAAUACGAGUUUCGAGACACCUCAAGCCCUUUCCCCUUCCCUCACCCUCUUUUCCCCCUCCCCCCACAAUUCGCCCCUGGGGAGCGGGCGGCAGGUGAAGACAAUGCGCGUGCUGCAGUACUUCCCGUCCAUUGAAGACCCCUCCAUCCGCAAGUCGUUGCUCGAGGUGUUGGCGCGCAUACUGCAGGGAACGGAGGUGGUCAAGAAUGUCAACAAGAACAACGCCGCCCACGCCAUCCUCUUUGAAGCCCUCGCACUGGCGAUGCACAUGGACGCGGAGAGGGAGGUGAUGCAGCACUGCGUGGGGCUGUUGGGCAAGUUCGUGGGCGUGCGCGAGCCCAACAUCCGCUACCUCGCCCUCGAGAACAUGGCGCGCAUGUUGAUGGUGGCAGACGUUCAGGAUGACAUCAGAGCCUUCCAGAGCCAGAUCGUGCACUCCCUCAAGGACCCCGACAUCAGCAUUCGGCGGCGCGCACUGGACCUGCUGUACGGGCUGUGUGACACCGACAAUGCCAAGUUCAUUGUUGAGCAGCUGCUGCAGUACCUGACGGUGGCGGACUUUGUGAUGCGUGAGGAGCUCACCCUCAAGACCGCCAUCCUCGCUGAGAAAUUUGCAGUCGACCUGCCCUGGUAUGUGGACGUGAUACUGUGUCUCAUGGAGCGAGCAGGCGACUUCGUGAGCGAGGACGUGUGGUACAGAGUGGUGCAGGUCGUUACCAACAAUGACGACCUGCAGCCCUAUGCGGCCUCGCGAGUGCUCAAGCUCAUGCGCAAGCCGGCCGUGCAUGAGACCAUGGUGAAGGUGGGCAGCUACAUAUUGGGCGAGUUCAGCCAUCUGUUGCCGCAGCAGCCAGGCUCCACAGCAGCGGACGUCUUUGCUGUGCUGCAUGACAAGUUCCACACCGUCUCCAUCCCCACGCGCGCCCUCAUGCUGUCGGCGUAUGUGAAGCUGGCAGUGCGAUCGCCCCCCGACGAUGUGCUGCACGGCAAGCUCAUGGCCAUCUUCACUCGCUACGAGAGCAGCGUGGACGCGGAGGUGCAGCAGCGGGCAGUGGAGUAUGCCUCGCUGUGUGAUGCACUCAUCCCCCGCCAUUCUCCCUGGCCCCAACCCCUCCUUCACCCCUCCUCCUCUCCUUCUCGCCACAGCUACGAGAGCAGCGUGGACGCGGAGGUGCAGCAGCGAGCAGUGGAGUACGCCUCGCUUUGCCGCAGGGGCGGCCCUGCCAUGGCUGACAUCGUUGCUGACAUGCCCAAGUUCCCUCAACGCGAGGACGUGGGGAGGAGGUGGGGCCUGGUGGGGAGGACGUGGCGAGAAGGUGGGGAGGAGGUUGGGAGGAGGUGUGGAGGAGGUGGGGAGGAGGUGGGGAGGAGGUGUGGAGGAGGUGGGGAGGAGGUUGGGAGGAGGUGUGGAGGAGGUGGGGAGGAGGUGGGGAGGAGGUGUGGAGGAGGUGGGGAGGAGGUUGGGAGGAGGUGUGGAGGAGGUGGGGAGGAGGUUGCGAGAAGGUUGGGAGGAGGUGGGGAGGAGGUUGGGAGGAGGUGGGGAGGAGGUGUGGAGGAGGUGUGGAGGAGGUGGGGAGGAGGUGCGAGAAGGUGGGGAGGAGGUGGGGAGGAGGUUGGGAGAAGGUGGGGGGAGGUGGGGAGGAGGUGGGGGGGGAGGGGGGGGGGGGGAGGGGGGGAGGUGGGGGUGGAGGGGGGAGGAGGUGGGGAGGAGGGUGGGAGGAGGUGUGUGGAGGUGGCGGAGGUUGGGCGAGGUGGGGGGAGGUGGGGGCGUAGGAGAGGUGGGGAGGAGGUUGCGAGAAGGUGGGAGAGUUUGGGAGAGACGAGAGGAGCGGUGUGA